AUGACUGUGCUUGAGACCAAUAUCUCGAACGACAAGGAGGCUUCUACAUCUUCGGCAUCUCGAAGUCGGGUUCACGGGCCGUGUCUCGCCUACUAUCUGGGAAAGGAAUGUCUUGGUACGAGCCGAUGGCGUGGAGACAUGCUGUGGAGACCCCGGUGGAGAGAGUCUGAUCACAAGGCGGGUCGGUCAAAAGCGUGUAUGACCGUUGGGCAAAGUGGAGUCAUGUAUAGCGUGUUCGUGCGCAGCAAAGACUGUCAAAGCACGAGCGAACUAAGAAGAGCUUUGUUGUGGGUCGGCCUGAAAUUUGCUUCAAGAUUGUUGACCGCAAACAUCCUGGAAGAUGAAAAGGACAAUCGGCUCUGCUGCUCACGCUUCCUCGUCAGCGAAGACCUCGGAACAAGUCAUGAAGGUUUUCACGGAUCUUGCCACGAUUCAAGAGUCAUUCCAGCACUGAGGCUCUGUUCCGUCAGUUUGAUGGCGCAUCAAAGUCCUACCGUCGUCAAUCGCGGCCUGGAUGCCAAAGGUCAAAGCGUACACAGUUUUGGCUUGAAGAAGCGAAGUCUGUUCAAGCCAUUUCCCGGCCCCACAUUGGUCGACGUGGAGAGAGACCCACAGGGCUUUUUUCGUGGAGUCUCCAGCUCUUCGACUCCACGAUGA